AUGGAGACGCAGUCCCGCCCACAGCCCGAAGGCGAAGCCCUCAUUGGCGGAAAGCGCCGCCGCUCCUGGCGAAACUCGGGUUUGGGUCAGCUCGUUCGGGUCGCGGAGGAAAAAGAGCGGGCUCCGCGGGCUGCAGAACCCGCCCGCGAUUGCCAGCUGAGGGUCUCCCAGCAGGCAGUGUGCUCCCUGACAGCCUGCGGAGCGGAGGCGCCUCCUGCCCCCCAGCCCCGGGCCAGCAUGCGCUUUGGGCUGGCCGUGCACAACGGGGCCGUGAACCUGGAGGACGGCUUCCCCUACAUCAGUGUAUGUGGGGACAGCCCCCCUCAGAGCUGCCUCUUCAGCCAGGUGCUCAACCUCGCAGCCGCCACAGCUGCCUGGAUCUGCAUUCUCCGCUACCACCAGCUUCAGGACUGGGGUGUGAAAAAGUGGCGAAACCAGGUGAUCCUGUGCGCCGGGCUCCUCUGUGCUCUGGGCACCUCUGUGGUCGGCAAUUUCCAGCACAGGCACCAGUGGCCCGUCCACCAGGCAGGGUCCUUCCUGACCUUCGUCAUGGGCGCGCUCUACUUCUGGCUGCAGCUGGCGCUCCUGCGGGGGGCGAGGAGCCCCCCCCAGCCCGGCGCCCCCUGGGUGGGCCCGCUGCGUCUGGGCCUCUGCAGCCUCUGCACCGCGCUGGAGGCGGCCAUGGUGGCCCUGCGGCUCUGCCAGCUGCGCUCCGCCUCGGCUGCCUGCGAGUGGGCUGCGGCCAUGCUGCUCUUCGGCCUCUUCGGCCUCCUCUCCGCGGACUUCGCCGGCCUGGGCGGCUGCUCGCUGAGCCUGCGGCCCGCCCCUGGCCUCCCGCCGCCGCGUGGCCUGGUCGCUGAGGAGUGCGGCCCGGGCGCCCCGCGGCCCUGGGGCGCUGGGUGCUGCCUGUCCGCGCCCGUGCGGGGUCUCGGCCUGUGUCCCGCCCUGCCCUCCGGCCCCUCCCCUGCACCCCGGGCCACCCAGGAAGCGUGA